AUGAAGGCGACCGCGGAGCAGGAGGUGAGGAGGUCGUCCCGCAGAGAGGCCGAGGCUCACGACCCCGGAGUGAUGUCACCGCUGAAGAAGACGUCUCCGCAGGUUCUUCAGCCUCGAACACAGACAGAGACACAGAUGUGUGAUGGAUGGCUGAGCUGCUGCACAUCCAUCAUCCGGGCACCUGUCACUCCUCACGUUUCCUCCCAGGAGCCAAACAGAUCCUGGUGGAAGCACAGACUGUGGUAG